CCUAGUCGGAGAGUAGCCUACAGCAGCAGCAUACUGUAGGUCUACAUAACAGUGGGCAUAUGACUGUCUGCGCAUCGAAGGGAAUACAGAAUAAAACAUAUAUUCUUGCAAAAUGUCUCGAGCGGCAGACAGACUGAAAGUGGUCGUGAAUCAUCUGGAUCGACCAUCUUCUUUUGUUGUUUGAGCGGAUAUGCCGUCGGGAGGUGCAGGUCCCGGGGCUGGUGGUGAUGAGGGACGUGUCCAUCGCCAAGUCAGAGUUUGUCCCUGACCAGAAGGCCAUCUCCAAGCUGCAGGACUUCCAGGAAGAGCCUGAGUUAUUCCGCUACUGUUGCCUGCCUCAGAUCCUGAAUUAUGUGGAGUGUUUCACUGGUCCCAACAUCAUGGCCAUGCACACCAUGCUGAUCAACAAGCCCCCAGACACAGGUAAUAAGACAUCUCGCCACCCCAUGCACCAGGACCUGCAUUAUUUUCCAUUCCGUCCGGCGGACCGUAUUGUGUGUUCCUGGACCGCCAUGGAGAAGGUUCACCGCCAGAACGGCUGUCUGGUGGUCCUUCCUGGUUCUCACCACGGCACCCUCAAAGAACACGACUACCCAGAGUGGGAGGGCGGGGUCAAUAAGAUGUACCACGGUAUCCGUGACCACGACCCCAAUCAUCCCAGGGUGCACCUGGAGAUGGAGAAAGGAGACACAGUGUUCUUCCACCCUCUAUUGAUCCAUGGAUCUGGAAUGAACCAGACGCAGGGCUUCCGCAAGGCCAUCUCCUGCCACUAUGCCAGUGCUGACUCCUAUUACAUUGACGUGAGGGGAACCACCCAGGAGAACAUAGGCCAGGAGGUGAAAGAGAUCGCAGCCAGGAAAUAUGCUGUUAAUGACGUCACAUUUGAGGAUACCUGGGCUGUAAGGGGCCGUCUGGUGCAAGGGGAUAGGACCAAUCUGUGAGAGAGCCCGCCCACCACAGUGUGACGGUCACUCACCACUAACAACCGGCCAAUCAAAGGAGAUUGAAAAAGUUGUCUAAUCCACCAGCCAAUAAGAUGAGACUCAUUGACGGGAGUAAUUUAUUCGUUGGGCAAGAGUGAGUGUCCAAGAGUCCAUUCAGGGCUGUUUGCCGGGUGUGUUUAACAUAUUUGAUUUGAUUUUGAUUUGGAUCUCUUUUAGUCCCCAUUUGGACUAAUCUUCCAAGAGUCCUUAAACAUUA